AUGAACCAAGAUCAAGUCAACCGGCUCUUUGGCGCGAUAUCAGAGCUCAACACAAGGGUUGCUGCUAUCAGGGCCGAUAUCAACAACCGCUUCAACACCCAGGAGCAGCGCCUGACCUCUCUGCAAAACCGCAUGAGAGUCCUCGAGGAUACUGCCACCCGACUUGGUGGCCAGCCUGCCGCUGCUCGUGCUCCCCAUGGUCGAGAUUCCGCCAUUGCCAACCAGGGCCACGGUCUUGCUCCCCAUCCUGGUCGCGACGCCUAUUCCGGACAGCAGGGUCAGCCCUUAGCAGACCCGCAGAACACACCUAGGGUCGUCGGCAGCGGAGAGAACGCGGGCUUCCUUCCCUUCGCCAUCGAGCUCAUUGAGAGGAAGCGCCAGCGCAAGCCGCCUGGUGACAACCGCACCUGUUAUCACUGUCCUAAAGAGACUUUCUCCUUGGAGUGUUUCCGCGAGGACCACUUCCGUUGGUGUCGCAAGCAUCAGCGACCCAUUAUUGCGGAUCAUGAGCUUUGUGGCCGGGACUACAAGGACUGCUUGCAUGUCAAGUGGGAGGUGCACCCCCAGUGGGCGCUAAUCGUGGAAAUGUCCUUCACCGCUGGCCUGGGCAGCCAGGGCGUCCAGAACCUCCGCGAGAAGCUUUUCCCUCGUGAGCACUUUCCCGAGAAAUACAACAACGACGGCACCUUCAGAGGCUAG